UAAGAGACUUCAACAGAUCACAACAGAGCGGAUUAUUACAAUAAAUCUCUCCACAGAUCAUCCUCGUAAACUCCGAUUUCAUGGACAUCUUUAACAAUAUGAAGAGCAUGUUACUGCUCUUUGUACUCCAAUUUUUCAUUGCCGGUGUGUUUGAUGAGUCCGUGUCAGUGAAGGAGGGAGAAUCUGUCACUCUACACAGCGGUCUUACUGGAAUAGAAACAGAUGAUGUGAUACAGUGGAGGUUUGGCCCCCAAGGCACCCUCACAGCUCAAAUCAACAGAGCAGCCAAUAAGAGCAUUACAUUUGAUGAUGUUCUUGAAGGGAGAUUCAGAGGUAGAUUGAAACUGGACAAUCAAACUGGAGCUCUUACCAUUAGAAACAUCAGAACUGAACACUCUGGACUUUAUGAAGUAACCAGCAGCAAACAUAGUUUAAACAAGAUAUUCAAUGUCAGUGUUGUGCCUGUAGAUGACGUGAAGUCAGUGUCAGUGCUGGUGGGAGAUUCAGUCACUCUACACACAGAUCUUACUGAAAUACAGAGAGAUGAUGUGAUACAGUGGAGGUUUGAACAUCAAAACUCUAUAGCUGAAAUCGAUAGAAAGGCUAGAAAAAUCUCUACAUAUGAUGGACCUGAUGGGAGAUUUAGACACAAUCUACGGCUGGACCAUUGGACUGGAUCUCUGACCAUCAGGAACAUUGGAAUCAGUCACUCUGGACUCUAUGAAGUGGACAUCAGUACCAGCAGCAGCAAACACACCAUACACAAGUCAUUCAUUGUCAUGGUCAGCGGUGAAAUAAAGUCCGAGACAGUGAAGGAGGGAGAAUCAGUCACUCUACGGACUGGUUUUACUGAAGUACAGAUUUAUGAUUCCAUGACAUGGAUGUUUGGGGACACUGUCCUUGCUGUAAUCAAUAAAGGAGCUCAGCUUUAUGAUGAUGAUGAAAGAUUCAGAGACAAACUGCAGCUUGACAAUCAAACUGGAUCUCUGACCAUAACAAAAUGCACAAUCUCAAACUCUGGACUCUAUGAACUGAAGAUCCUAAGCAACAGACAAAAUGUACACCAGAGAUUCAGUGUUACUUUAAGUGUACCAGGUUCAUCAGACAAAACAAAGUGGAUAGUUAGUACUAUUCUGCUGGUGUCUGUAGCCGCAGCUGCUUCUGUGAUUUACUGUAUCUGCAACUGCCUAAAACAAGGGCCGCUCAGCUGUCAGGACAAAGAGAAUGGGACUUUGGAUGCCCUUUUUCCAAAAGGCGAUGAACUGAAUCCACUAUCUGUGACUGACGGAGAUGAUGGGACUCUAAUAGCGGAUGGAUUGAAAGGCACUCACUCUGAUGGAAUAAAGUCAGUGAUGGAGGAAGAAUCUGUCACACUGAACACUGAUGCUGAACUACAGACAGGUGAUGAGAUUCUGUGGAUGUUUGGAGACAAAGACACUGUCAUAGCUAAAACCAAAGGAGGGACCAGACUCUUUCUGGAAAGUUCUAAUGCUCUUGCUUCUUUAGAGUAG